GGCACUGGGCUGGUUUCAUUUUUGUACUGCAACUAUUAUUUUCUCAUUCUAGUGUCGUUCUAACCUCUUUACUGCACAAGUUCCAAUGCUACCAACGUUCAGGAUUAUUAUGCCACCAUUAUGCGCAUUCACCGCUAUCUGUCGGCAGUCGGUUUCCAGCUUUCCAAGACACUUGUCAUCUGUCGAACAGCCUCCAAGUGAACCUCGUCGAAAAGUUGGAAGAAUGGCUGGAAAACUGAGUCCUGAAGAGCGGACAGCAAAGCUGGAACCACUUCUCUCGAACAACUGGUCCAUGAUGGAUGCUCGUGACGCUAUCUACAAGGAAUAUCUGUUCACCAACUUCAAUCAGGCAUUUGGCUUCAUGACCCGAGUGGCGCUAAUGGCAGAGAAGAUGGACCAUCACCCUGAAUGGCUCAAUGUCUACAACAAGGUGCAGGUGACGCUGUCAUCACACGACGUUAAUGGCAUCAGCGUGCGCGAUGUCAAGCUGGCCUCCUUCAUGGACAUGGUUGCCAAAUCACUGAUCCCAAUAAAGGAGUGAAGUGCUUUAUGAUUCCAAUAUUUUCACCGAAUCUCACAUGGACAAUUCAGUACAUUUGGUUCUGUUAAUGGAUUUGUUCAGAGAAUAUAUGUAUAUUGUGAUGAUCUAAUCCUGUCAAAUAAAGAUAUUUAUUUGAAUUGUGCA